GAUUGCUUUUUUUGUUUGAUGACUGCGAUCCCCCUGGUGCCUAGUUGUGUGUAUUGUCUGUGUAUUAAGUGUUGUGUGUCUGUUCUUUGUUCUGUGUUAAGAAGAUGGGUCAUAACGUUUCUCAUCCAUUGCUGGAAGAAAAUCCCAAAGAUUGAAUGUAUAGGAAUAGUGCCAGUUACUGGACUAAUCCUUAUUUAGAUAAUUUGGCAGGAUGGAGUGAAUGCAUGUCGCAGGUAGAUAAUUUUCCUAGACAUGGUUCAUUUAAGACCCGCGAUAUGGAAAAUGCGUAUUCUAUGGUGAACGGUGGAUGGGGCGAUCCGAAUUGGGACUACACUUAUAUGCAUGAGUCCUAUGAUAAAUGGGUAAAUAUGAAGAAGUACUGGGACAAAGGUCCAGAUAGAGUCAAUGCUUCUAAAUGCUCUUUCAAUAAGAAACAAUCGCCUCCACCAUACAAUUCAACACCGUCUACUAGCCCUGGUCUUUAUCCUGCACUGCCUGUUGCUACAUCUUUACAGCCCGCUUUUGCAUUUGUACGGGAGUGAAAUGAAAUACAUGUUAAACCAGCAAAAGCUAGUGAUAUUGAUGCUAUAUGUAGGGGUCUUCCUAUUCCAACUAACCCCCACAAAAUAUAUACAGAUCUUGAAAAGCCACACUCGGUAUGCCCAGUUAACGGGCCCUGAUUUUAGAACUAUUCUUUUGCGUACUUUGGGAGAUGAUGUUACAAAGGAGUUGAUCAUAGAAAAAUGUCCGACCCUCACGCGAGCUAAUGAUGCCAUUACAGGCGAGGGCACGGCCGCGAACCGUCACCAGAUUUUUUGGGAAAACGAUGCCAAUGUAAUGCAAAUGUAUAAUGAGUUAAAGGAUUUUCUGGAUAACAGAAUAGCAUCCAAGCAUGACAUUUCACAUGCAGCUAACACUAAGCAGGGUUUUAAAGAAACGCCUUCUGCCUUUGUGGUGCGUUUUAAAGCAGCAUGGGAGAAUGAUUCUAAACUGCCAACUGAUGAUACACACAAUGUGUUGUUUAUAAAUACUUGUUUGAAUAACAUGAAAGCUUCUCAGGCUCAACUGAUUCGUAUCACGACAGACAGAUUACUUGAGAAGUCGGUAGAUCAGUUCUGUGAUAGAAUUAGAGAUUUAGAUGCCGCUGGAGGUUUUCAGUCCGCUUCUGGUUUAGUUAAGUCUGAACCCACUAUGUUCUUUGCUGCAACAGGAAGUGGUGCAUUCCAGCCACAGUACAAAACUCAAGGAGGAGGUUUUAGGAAAAAGGGAAGGUGCAAUUAUUGUGGGAAGUCUGGUCAUUGGGUUAAAACUUGUAGAAAGAGAAUGGAAGAUGAGAGAAGGGGCGUAGCCACUCAGCGAGUAGAGAAUGCAGAUCAGCAUGCAGUUCUGCAGAGGCCCACACAGCAGCAAUAUCCUACUCAAUGGACUUCUGCAUAGGGCAGCCUACGGAGCGAUGAACCCAAUGAUUUUUCGAUGAUAACUUCAUCCUACAGUAAUCACCCUUCGACUUUGCCUAAUGUCACGUGGCGCAUAGACAAUAAAGACUAUUGUUUUCUUGUUGAUACUGGUGCUACCUGUUCUUCAAUUGCUGGGGGUGAAUAUUCUGGUCCCAUUUCAGGAAAAAGUAUCCGCUCUGUGGGAAUAGAUGGGGUUCCAAUUUCAUGUCCUGUAACUCACCUUUUGCCUGUGGUGACACCGACUGGUACAAAUUUUUAUCAUAGCUUUACAAUAAUUCAAAACUCGCCUUUAAACCUUUUAGAAAGAGAUAUGAUGCAUAAAAUGGGAAUGGAAAUUCUGUUUUUUGAAACCAAUGUUUCACUGUCUUUUCCUUCUGUCCUCAUGCUCUCAACCGAGCCACAGCCACAUCCGGAAGAUUUUUUCCAGGGUAGUACAGAGGUCCUGCCUGAUGAACCAAAUUUAGGUGAAGUUAACCCUAAAUUAUGGGCGAGGCAGGUUUAAUCCAGUGUCCAUUUGGCCUCAGAGACGCAGCCGCUUUUCGAGUUUACCUAUAGGGGACGUCAAUUCACCUGGACACGUCUUCCUCAGGGCUUUGUUGACUUGCCAGCCGUAUUCUUCGCUGUAGUGCACAGAACUUUGGCUGAUAUACACCUUCCAGAAACAACCUGCAUUCUUCAAUACGCAGAUAACAUCCUUGUCACAGGACUGACUGAGCAGGACUGCCACAAAGCAUCAGUGAUUGUCUGUAAUGUCCUGGCUCAGGCUGGAUUUAAAGCUUCACACCAAAAACUACAGUGGGUGAAGAGAAAGGUCUCAUAUCCGGGCCAUGUGAUCUCAGAAGGCCAACAUAAGAUAUCGCAGGACUGAGUACAGCUUGUGACUAGGUUUUCAAGACCUCUGACUGUGAAACAGAUGCAGAGCUUCUUGGGACUGGUAAAAUGCUGCCGAGCAUGGAUCCCUGACUGCGCACAGCAUGAUAAAGUUUUGCGUAGUGCUAUUAAUCACAAAGCUCCUCCAUCACAUCUCAUUCUGUGGACUCAUGAAAUGACUGACAGUUUUGCUGCCCUCAAGAAGGCUAUACAGUCUGCUCCAGUUCUAGGUCUUCCGAAUUAUGCUAAGCCUUUUCACCUAUAUGUGCACAAAUGUGGUGGUACGGCUGCGGGGAUCCUAGCCCAUGAUAGCCUAUUGCAUAUCUUUCCAAAUCUUUAGACAACAUAGCACGUUGCCCUCAUGGCUCUGAUGGUCUGGGAUGCUGAGAAAACGGUGCUGUCACAUCCUUUGAUACUGUACACCUCACAUCAGAUAAGCCAACACACCCUUUUGUGCCUAAUCAGCAGGUCUUGAUACGAAGUCUGAAGCCUACCAAGGGAACCCCACCUCUGCAAGGAGAAGAGACUUGGCUAGAGCAUCCGGAUCCAGCUCAUGCAUAUGCAACCAACAUGUGGUGGAGACUAGCUAAUCACACUGCUAAAUCUGUGGGUGGAAGGGGAGAUUGUUA